UGAAGCCUUGAAAGUAAUAUGGCCGACGUUCUAUUGGAGAACGACGUAGUUAGAUUUUUCGCGAUGUAAUUUGUUUGUCGACGUAUUAUUUGAUAUCGAUGAUUCUCGACGUUAAGCUCCUGAAAUUUAGGAAGUUCCUCUCUGCUACUUUAUUUGCGCCGUCGGGGGCUGCGCGCUCGGCGGCGCACGACUACGAAAUGUCGAUCAGGGCAGCCGCAGCUAGGCUGCUCCAUAAUGGUCGGCUACUGCUGCGCAGCGCCAGACCGAAUCAAAACAAUCGACAGACCGACGUCGUAGACGGUUUCGGCCUCAAUAUUUUGCCCAAGCGAGGGUCAGCAGCCGAAAAGGCCGUAGGAUCAAGCAGUCCCGCCCCCACUGGAGGUAGGGGUGCGUCUGUGGUGAGGAAUGUUGCUUAUAAAUUUCACCAGCACGCAAGACGCUUAUUUGUUGACAACGUACUUCGGCGAGUGACAAAUUCCCAGUCAGCAGAACUCCGUGAGAGAGCUACGAAGAGGUUACUGUAUGGAGAUUCAGCCCCCUUCUUCGCGCUGGUGGGCGUCAGUCUAGCAUCGGGAACAGGGAUUCUAACAAAGGAUGAUGAGCUGGAAGGCGUAUGCUGGGAGAUUCGAGAAGCCGUGUCAAAACUCCAGUGGUCCAUAUCGCAGCUGCAGAGUGGCUGUCAUCCCAAGGCAGAUCUGGACGCGUCUGAGUGUGUGAGUGGACUGAAAGACCUGGACGUGGGGCCCAUGAUCGCUAAGGGCUGCAGUGCUGUCGUGUAUGCUGCGAAACUAAAGGAAACAGUGAGCGACACUGGUGAGGAACGCGAAAAAAGCAAAGUCGACAACCUCGUCCAGUUGCACGACAGUGGCAUUUCGCGGCUGGCGUUCCCCCUCGCCCUCAAGAUGAUGUUCAACUACGAUGCAGAGUCAAAUGCGUCUGCCAUCUUGCGAGCCAUGUACCGCGAGACAGUGCCGGCUCCGCACCACCUCGUACUGAACUUGGACCUCGAAGGCGACAGCGAGUGGGCGACAGAGUUGGCCAGCCGUGUACGUCGCCUACCUCCACAUCCGAACAUUGUGGAAAUCCUGGGGCUAUUUGCAGACCGUGUACCAUUUCUACCCGGCUCACUGGCUAUGUAUCCCGAUGCCCUCCCAUCGAGGCUAAAUCCGGAGGGUUCGGGAAGGAACAUGAGUUUGUUCUUGCUUAUGAAAAGGUACGACACGAGCAUGAAGCAGUAUCUGGAGCAGCACAGCCCGUCAGUGAGGGAGGCGACGCUGCUGCUGACCCAGCUCCUGGAAGCCGUCACGCACAUGACUCGCCACGGAGUAGCACACAGGGACCUGAAGAGUGACAACCUGCUGCUGACACUGCUGGGUCCGGAGGAUGGGGAGGGGGUGGAGGAGGAGCCGCCCUGCCCGCUGCUCGCCGUCACAGACUUCGGGUGCUGCCUGGCCGACGCCCACCACGGCCUGUCUAUGCCGUACCACUCUGCAGAGACGGACCGUGGCGGCAACACUGCACUCAUGGCACCGGAGGUGGCCUGCGCGAGGGUAGGCCCGUUCUCCAGCAUCUCGUACCGCAAGUCGGACGCGUGGGCGUGCGGCGCCCUGGCGUACGAGCUGUUCUGCGGUGGCCGCAAUCCCUUCUAUUCGAACUGGGCGACAGUCGAGUCGGAAAGUGGCGGAGGAGGCGACGGAGGCGGAGGGGAGACCACAAAGGAGCUGCCGGCGCUGAAGAGCCGCAGCUACCGCGAGGAUCAGCUGCCUCCGCUGCCGGCCAACGUUCCGCCCCUCGUCGCUGCCGUCGUGGCCGGCCUGCUCAUGCGCGCGCCCCACAAGAGACUGAGUGCCGAGAUGGCGGCGACGAUCCUGCAGCUGCACCUGUGGGCUCCCAGCAGCUGGCUGGGCGGUGGCGAGGAGGGCCCGCAGAAGCCGACCAGCAACGAGAUCCUGCAGUGGCUGCUGUGCCUGACAACGAAGGUGCUCUGCGAGGGCGGUCUGGGCCUGUGCGUCGUGGGCGGGCGGCGUACGCUGGCAGAGUACCGCCUCAUCUCGGCGCUGCUGUCGCGGGCCUCGCUGCACCGGAUCAAGGCCGCCCUCGCGUGGGCGGUCGCCGCUGCUGUGCCCGAGCUGUACUAGUCGCACGAUGCACUUCUGACGGUGGAGCCGGAGAGCUCGGAAUGGUGCUGUGUGGCUGUAGUUGUGCAUAAGAGCUUGAAAGUUAACACCAUUGUCCUGCUUCGAACUUCAGUUAACUUAUUUGCAUUGAUUGCUUUUGUUCCUUAGAUUCUAUCUGGCGAGAGUCUAUACAUGGCUGUGAAUAUUGUUAACAUUAACUUUUUCCUCUCCAAAUGUAAGUUAUUGUAUAUAUGGAAUAGAAUUGCAGGAGAAUUAGCCUCAAAGGGAGAACCUUGUGACUCCUUUUUCUUGUAAAUGUUGAGGAUCCACCGUUCUUAUUUAUCCUAUGUUGAAUUAAUGAAUUUGUUUCUCCAUCUCUGCCGUCAGAUUAUCAGAAGUGUGGAUUCUUUUGACUGUUUGGUGAUUGAUUAGCACACUUAUGUGAUUUAUUGUAGAUAGUAUUAUUUGUGAUAUGAUUCCUCUUCAUAUUUUAAUUACAUUAAUUUCAGUAUUUCAGAAAAUACAUUAGCUUUAGUAGCUGUUUUUUAGCUGAGAUCUGCUACUGUAAUUUCAUCAGUGUGUGUGUGUGUGUGUGUGUGUGUGUGUGUGUGUAAAUAUAUAUAAGAAAAUGCUUUAAGAACACUCUUAACAAUUAAAACAAACUCAUUAAAGGCUGAUAAAAUGGAAAAAUAUUUCAGGUCUGCUACUUAUUUGUGAAUCAUUACUACAAAUGUAUGUUUGUAUGCUGAAUGUUCCUUUCUUGACAAUUUUGAAUUGUUAAAAAUAUGCAUAUAUGUAACACAAGAGUCAUAGUAAUAUGUACUUAAUACUGCACAUUAUCAUAAGUUGCACUUUUAUGUUACGUGAGAUGUAGUGGAAUAUUGUGUACUGAAUAGUAUGUUAAUAGUUGGUUUUCCUUGUGUGUUCUACGCUGUUCUUCCUUCUUUUUUCCUACUUUCAUUGUCAGUUCAAAGAACAAGGUACAGUCUUGGUGCACUUGACUGAUGUACAGUACUAUUUAAUGUGUUACUUUGCUUGUAAAAAUAUAUUUUCCCAUGACUUUCGUGUCAGAAAAGUGUAAUAAAGCUAUUUUUCUGUAAA